UGGAGCAUCAGCACUGGAGAGAGAUACACGCCGGCUGAAGACGCAGCUGCCACUUUGCAACACAACACACGCUUCUGUGUCACAAGUCCACUUCCACUGGAGAAAAAACGGAAUGUUCUACAACUCUUCUUUUACAACUUGAUUUCCCCGCAAUGUGUUCGGGGUUGGAUUAAGUUUCAGUGUCCUUUGGAGUCGGUUUCGGGAAACGGUCGGUGUGUGGAAAAUGAGGAUAAGUGUGGAAUACCGUGGAUGAUGAUGUCCCACAAUGAACGCAGAUUUUCAGAAUCCACUGCAAGUCCCUCGGCCAAAGGUCCGCAGUCAUCUGACCAUCAAAGUGCAGUCCAAGCUGAUGUCCAGGCCUUCUCCCCCUGUCCGUGGUUCUAAACCUCCUGUGGCCCCCAAGCCUAGACCCCUACAGGGGGAGCCCUGCCUUCCACACAGCCUGAGUAACGGAGACGUGGCUCACUCUGAUGGGGAGAGUGAAGACCUUCAUGAGAUGGCAGAGGAGAAAAGUGAAGGAGAGGAUAACCAUACUAACAAUAACACUGGAGACAAUGAUAAAGAGGACAUUGUAGGAGAGGAAUUUAAGGCCAAAUCAGAUGAAGCAGGUCAGAUAUUGAACAGUGACGGUGAUGUAGACAGCAUAGGCUCUGAGGACACAGUUAAAGCAGAUACUACUGAGGAUGAAAGUACUGACAAUGACUUGAACCAGUCUGAAGGUGGAAAUCACACUGACGAUGAACGAACAUCAACACCUUCACUACUUGCUCCUGAAACAGAGGAUGAAACAAGGGAUGAGGAGGAACAGAGUGAAAUACUUUGUGUGACUACAGAACACUCAGAUAAACACAUAGAGGAACAAAUCCUUGAUCAAACACUCGGUCAGGAUGAUAAAGACAGUGAUUAUGGAAUCAAUGAAGCAGAGAGUGAACAAAGGGAAGACUGUAGCUCAGUUAAAGAUGAGAAUGAGCUGGAAGCGGGAGGAUUUGAAUUUGGAUUCAGCGUCCUGCCAACUGUAACUGAGGAGUAUCCCUAUGAUGUGAUUGGCCCUGCAGAUGAUGCUAGCGAUACAUGUGAGUCAUGUGAAACAGUUGAAACUGGGGACACAGAGACCUGGCAACCAGAACGGGCUACAAAAGAUCUCUCUGGAUGUUUUCGAUUCACAUCCAGCACUGAGGAUGUUUUUGGGCCUUAUUCAGUCAUUCAAGCUGUUCCAGCAGAUAUGACUGACACUGCUGACCCAGAGUGGAGUAAUGAUGACACUGAUGACAAACCAUCCGGUGAACUUCAAACACCAGGUACCUCUAACCAGGAACCUUACUAUGUGUCAUCGGAUGAUGUGGACAAGCUAGAGGAUAAGCAAAUCCUCUCAGAACAGGGUGAUACUGAAGAAGGCACUGAGCAGUCAAUUCAGCACGAAGACAAAGCAAAAGAGAACGAGUCAGCAGAUGAGUAUGCAGACAUUGACGAGUCAUUUUGCCCCCAAGAUGCAGAUGACUUGGAGCAGUUGGAGUGUGUCUCAUCAGAGGAUUAUGUUGAGAUAGGUGAUGAAGAGGAAGAGGAAGAAACUGAAAAGAAACAUAUCAAAGGAAAAAGUGUGAAAGAGAGAACAGCUAAACGUGAACAGGCUUUCCUCAGCCAAAGGAGAAGCUGCCAGCCUCGCCUCAGGCUCUGCAACAUCACAGUCCCAACAAACUUAGACCUGGGCCGCACUCCAGAGCUCACCAACAGGGUGGUGUUUGCCCACACCACUGAGGCCUUCGAGGAAGACAUUGAGGAGCUGGACUGCCAUAUUGUGCCUUACUAUGAAGACACAGAUUCAGAUAGUGAAGAGCAUAUCUACGAAGAGGCAGGAUUUGAUUCAGAAGGUGAGAACUUUGUGACACUAGACCGAAAGACUAUUGUGACACGGUCACGGUCUUAUUCUGGUAAAAUUCCAGGUUAUGUCCCAGAGACUGUUCCAGAGGAGCCGGGAACAGAGUACCAGAAUCAUGAUUACUGCUCAGUGGCUUUGGAUAAGAACAAUGAAUCGCUUGGCCAUUCACCGCAGCCUGGGGUCAACAAUCUGAUCCCGUCCAUGAAGUCCAGGCGCUUCUUGUUGUACUCCCGGUCUGCAGAGGGUCCAGAACUCUCCUUAAAUUCUCACACAGAGUUCGAUCUAUCUCAGAAAGAUGAGAUCAGGUUCAAGAGGAAAGAUGACACCCUUUCCCUCCCAUGUGUUAUAACUUCUUCUGGAAGCUUCUCCCAGCGUAGUCAUCAAUCAUCCAGUGGUGUUUCCACACCAACAUCUCUUGUGGACAUCCCACCUCCCUUUGAGCUGGCAUACAUCACAAAAAGACCAGUAACUAAGAGUUCACCAUCCCUUCUGAUCCAGCAUGAGCCAAAUGACAAGUCUAAGAAGAAGAAAACCUCUUUUAAGCGCUUUCUAGCACUCAAGUUUAAGAGGAAGACAGAUUCAAAGGGAUUUAGUGAUGGAAGUGUCCGUUCUUCACGGUCUUCCUCUGAGUCCAGCCACCAUGGUCCAGUCAGAGUCAUAGAGCUUGAUCGCAGGAGUACCGGCAGUUCUCCUCAGCUCCAGUCUCGCAUUGUGAACCCACAGCAGCGUCCAUCAGACCUGCCAUCCACAUUUGUCCUCUAUAAAGACCAGCAAAGGAGAAAGGGGGACAACAAAGCUUAUAGCAGGGGUGGAGUCUCUAGAGUGGAGUCCUUCGAGGAGCGUUCGCGACGGUCACUCAUGCCACUGCCUUUGACAAAACCCCGCUCCAUCUCCUUCCCCAGUGCAGACACCUCAGAGUACGAAAACAUCCCAGCCAUGAGCUCAGACUACGAGAACAUCCAGAUCCCAGGCAGGCCAACCAGAUCACAUACUGUAACUGAGUUUUUUGAGGAUCCAAAGCGAACAACAGUAACCUGUAAUGAGAAUGACGGCUAUGUGGAUAUGAACAGCUUCCCUGGGAUUGACAGCAAACCCCAGACAUCAAAAGCGGACACUGAAAGUGCCUACACAGAGCCUUUCCCCAUGAACCCCAUCUCUGCUGGGCUAUCAGGGGAUGAGGACCACGGCCGGACCUCUGAGGAGGAGGAGGGGGUCACAGAGCCGAGCUUUGACAGACAGAUUGAUGGACGAUCCCGAGCCUUCUACAUCGCCAAAGAGCUCGUCGACUCAGAGAGACUACACGUCAGUGCCCUCAAGUACCUCCAGGAGGACUUCAGAUCAGCAGUGGUUGAGGCAGCAGGGGAGGAGGGGGAGCCUGUACUGGAGGAGCAGAGGUUGGGGGAGAUAUUAGGCGUUCUGCCUCAGGUUUACAACCUACACAGCAACAUCAUCACCGAGUUAGAGGAACGCAUCAGUCAGUGGGAGGAGAGCCAAAGGGUCGUAGAUGUGAUCCUGUCACGUCGGGAUGAGUUUGCAGUGUUCGACACUUAUAUCUCAGAGUAUGAUCGCAGCAUGAGCUUACUGGAGGAGAGCUGCAGAAACAACCUUACCUUUGCUGGCAUUGUCAAGAAAUUUGAGACCCGAGGCCCAGAGGAAACUCAAGUCCCACUCAAACACCAGCUGCUGCAGGUUAUAGUGAGGGUCCUUCAAUAUCGGAUGCUUCUAACAGAUUACCUGAACAACCUUUCUCCUGACUCUAAAGAAUACGAGGACACACAAGCUGCCUUGGUGAUCGUGUCCGAGGUGGCUGACCAGGCCAACGACAAUCUCAAACAGGGGGAGAACUUGCUGCGUCUGGUCCAUAUAGAGUACAGCGUAAAAGGAAAGAGAGACCUCCUGAAACCCGGAAGGAUGUUUGUCAAAGAAGGAACACUCAUGAAGGUCUCGAGGAAAAGCAGGCAGCCCCGACACCUGUUUUUGAUGAAUGAUAUAAUGCUGUACACCUACCCACAGCAAGAUGGGAAAUACAGGCUUAAGAACACCUUAUCUCUGUCUGGGAUGAAGGUGAGCAAACCUGUCCUGGACAACGUGUUGAACUGUCUUAGGAUUGAAGUGUCUGAUAUCACCAUUACACUUUCAGCAAGCUCGGUUGGAGAGAGAGAGGACUGGUUUCACACACUGAGUCGAGCCAUAGCGGAUCAUGCAGCAGGACUCUGUACCUUUGGUGGACCCUGCAGUGAGGCUCGUGAGAAGUUGUGGAUGGCCCUGGGUGAAGCUGCUCCUGUACUGGUCCCAGUUUCCCAUGUGAUGAUGUGCAUGAACUGUACUUCUGACUUCAGUCUCACACUCAGACGACACCAUUGCAACGCCUGUGGCAAGGUGGUGUGCCGUUCCUGUUCCAGAAACAGAUACCCGCUGAAGUACCUCAAAGACAGGGUGGCCAAAGUGUGCGACCACUGCUAUGCUGAGCUCAGGAAAAGAGGUGGCAGUGUGUCUGGAGCGUGUGGUAACUCCAGUCCUCGGACUCAUCGGGCCAGUCGCCCCCUUUCUGCUGUUUUCCAGAGCCUUCAGCCCCCAAGUCUGUGGAAGAGUAGAAAGAGCACCAUUUCCCUCAACCAGGUGUCACUUGGAGUGGAGGGCUCCAGCAUGAGUGGCAGCCUGCAACGGCGAAAGAAAAGCAAGAGGAAGUGGAAACGGCUGUGGUUCCUCCUCAAAGACAAGGUGCUCUACACCUUCACAGCCCGUGAGGAUAAAGUGGCAUCAGAGAGUCUACCUCUGCAGGGCUUCACUGUCAAGCUGACUGAACGACCAGAGGGAGAGGAAAGCAGCAACGUAUUUCAUCUCUACCAUAAGAAGACACUGUACUACACCUUCAGGGCGGAUGAUCAACACACAGCACGCAGAUGGGUCAAUGCCAUGGAAGAGGCUACAGUUUUAUAGCACCUACUGGGUUAAAAUGCUUAAAUCCUGCUGUGCAUGGCUGCUCAAAGUCCUCCACAGAGCACAACACUGCUACCUACUGUCUCAGUGAGGACUCAUCACAUCUGGUCUGUUGUGGAAUAUUAAAUGAGAACAUAAUAACACAAACCGGAAACCCAAUAGUCAGCAGUUUGAAGUCUGGAAACCUGGAAAAGAAAUAUUUGGUUGCUUUGCCACAUCACGAGAGCCUUGAGUCUUCAGGAGCAUCUGGGAUACAUCAAAUGCUUCAUCUAAAGCCUAAGAACAAUAUUCUAUUCCCUUUGUUUCACUUUUUUUUACAGACAAAUGUUUGUACCCAAGCCUGAAAAGUUACAUACUUUUCUGUAUUUUACACUGGAUUCACUGGAUUUUUAGCCACUUUUCUUUGUGUUUUCUGUAGGAGACACACAAUUUUUGUUGUUCUCUUACACAACACAGUUACAGCCUGUGUGUCUUUAACAUAACUUUACAAAUGCAUCAAAAACAGACUAUGAUCACAAGUGGAAUUCGCAGCUAUUAAAAGGGAAAUAUUUGCAACCGUUUUAGGAUAUCUAGGAGAUACAGUAUGUGGUAUUCUGAAUAUAUAUUGUGAAGUAUACUGCAGAUAUUGAAGUGAAUUAUAUCAUCUAUUUGUGUAGAAAUGAUGUUACAAGAUGUUUGUAGUAAGACGUCAUUUUAAUCAUCACAACGUGUGUACAUUAUGUUGAGUUUUACAAAGUGUUUCUCUUGUACUGAGUCUACAAAAAUAUGGAAUGACCCUCGGCAUGCUACACGCUCCGCAUUUCAGGAUUUCUGAUGAUGCGCACAGUCAAAAAUACUCUGAAAUGAUUUUCACUUUUGUCACACAGUUCUGAAGUGCCAAUGUAUUUUUUCCAGUUGAAUGCAGUGCAGGAUGCAAUUGAUAAUGAAUGUGCCUGAAAUGAAAUGUCCGAUUUCAUUUUUAUGUUAUCAAAGUACUGUAUUACUGUCAUGUCUCCAGAGGGGACCUUGAUAACAUUUGCUUUUUUUAUCUACUCUUAUAUCCUUUUACCUUUAAUUUCAACAGUUCAGUUACACUCCAGUAACAUAAGAAUAUAAUAUUGUUCCAUUUUAUUAAUGCCUUCUUCAUGCUGUAUAUACACUGCUGGAUAAAAUCUCACUCUUAUCCGCUUAAACUCAAUGGAAACUGCUGAAAAAAAAGCCACUGUCUAACUACCUAUAAACAGUUGGUGUUGGUGACAUCUGAGCCGCUCAUGUCUUCAGACGUUUUACUUCUCACUGAUGUUCAAAGGAUACCAAACAUCCAUAAUUUUACCUUUAAUAGCAUUUCUGAAAACUCUAUAUACUGUAUUCAAAAUGCAGCUACCCUGUACACACUCAGUCAACCAUCAAACAGCGUUAUUUCAAAAGCACAUUCUAGAUCAUCAUCAUGUUUUUCUACCUGUUUCUUAUGGCCAUACCUAUAGUGUUAUUAUGGAUUGUACCUCUUGCAUAUAGUGCAUUGUAAAUAUAAAUGUGUAUGUAUAUAGAUACAUAUAAAAAAAAAUAAACUCAUUUGAAAAAUUACAAUCAUCUGUGCUUCUGCUGGAUGAUUCAACGUUGAUUCAGGACUUGUGCUGCUUUUUCAACCACACAAAUUAUUUUUUGUUUUUUAACUAUUAAAGACCUAGAACUGCUUUUGUGGUGACUUCCAAAUGAGUUUUUCCUCUACAUUUAACCUUUCCUUAGUGAUUUAUCGUCAUUUAUCAUAAUAUU